AUGGUAGAGUUAUCUACACUUCUCGCGGGCUCAGGAUGCCCCAAAAACUUAGGCGAACCUAUCCUCUGCGAUUUUGGCUCGGCUGUGAUGGGUGAUGAAUAG